GUCUUCCACGGAUGUGUCAUAAGGGUCAAUUCUGCUGAUGAGUGGCAUGACUGGUUGCUUCCAGCUCUGUAAUGUUUUCCGAACACAUGACAUGGAAAUCGACCAGUGUUUAUUGGAGUCACUCCCUUUAGGACAGCGGCAACGAUUGGUGAAACGCAUGCGAUGUGACCAAAUAAAGGCCUACUACGAGCGUGAAAAGCUUCUUCAGAAACAGGAGGGAUUCAAAUACAAACAGAAACAUAGCAAGAAAAACAAGGUCCACUUCAUCUCCUCAGACAUAAUACAGGAAGCCAUUAUACGGCAUGAUGAUAAAGAAGUCUUGAAGCUACUGAAGGAUGGUGCUGACCCCAACACAUUGAUUUCCUCAGGAGGCUCACUCAUCCAUCUGUGUGCUCGCUAUGACAACGUCUUUGCUGCAGAGAUUCUAAUUGAAAGGGGCGUAAACGUUAAUCGACAAGAUGAGGAUUUGUGGACUGCGCUGCACGUAGCAUGUGCUUGUGAUAAUCCUGAUAUUGUUCUGCUUCUCAUGUUGGCUGGAGCCAAUGUGUUGUUGCAAGAUAUCAAUGGAAAUAUUGCACUGGAUUACACAAUGGAAGGCACAGAAUCAAGUUCCAUCCUUCUCAGACAUCUAGAAGAUAAUGGUGUUGAUGCAAAUUCCUUACGGCAGAUGAAGUUGCAACGCCCUUCAAAAAUGCUGGCAGAUGUUAGGAAUCUCUUGGCAGCUGGUGGAAAUGUCAAUCAAAUGAAUGAGGAAGGAGUCACACUGCUGCACAUGGCAUGUGCUAGUGGCUAUAAAGAUGUCUCCACCCUACUCCUGGAGAAUAGAGCUGACACUGAUGUUCCUGAUAACUUUUAUUGGACACCACUUCACCUGGCUGCAAAAUAUGGGCAGGUUGCCAUUGUGAAAUUGCUUUUGAAGCAUCAUGCAAAUCCUAAUCUUCUUAAUUGUAAUGAGGAGAAGCCAUCAGAUGUUGCAGCAUCCGAAUGUCUUGAAGACAUCUUGUUGAAAGCAGAGGAAGACUGGAAGGAGACAUGGAGACAAUCUGCAACAUUUUGUCCUGAUCCAGAAAUGCAAGAGGAAACAUAUGAAGAAAUCAUUCAUGAUGCUCCUGUGCCAGUGAAAAUACUGAAUCCUCUCGCCCUUCCCAUUGCCAAACAGGAUAGCAUGUUGGAAAAGGAUACAAUGUUUAAAGACACAUCUGGGAACUUGUGCAAACAAAAUUCACAAGACAGCCACUGCAACAACCUAGCAGUGAAUGGCACAUCCAAACUUGAGCAGGUGAAGCUGAUUCCUCCUGCUCCAAAUGAUGACCUGUCUACGUUGAGUGAACUGACAGACAGAAGCCUUCUCUAUGAAAUUCAAAAGAGGUUCACCAAUGACCAGAUAUAUACUUACAUUGGACAUAUUUUGCUGCUGGUGAAUCCAUAUAAAGAACUUCCAAUAUAUUCCACCAUGAUUACUGAGCUUUAUCUGAGUAACACAGUGAAGUUGUGCUCCUCACUCCCACCCCAUAUAUUUUCCUACACUGAAAGAGCCUACCACAUGAUGAUGCAGGAGCAAAGGUCACAGUGCUUCAUCCUAAGUGGUGAAACUGGAUCAGGGAAGACAGAGGCCUGCAAACACAUUGUAAAGCAUCUGGCAUGCAGAGCUAGGACUGCUGAGUGUAUGCUUGAAGCAAAGAUUAAUCAUGUGAGCUGUGUAUUGGAAUCUUUCGGUCAUGCAAAAACGACACUGAAUGAAACUUCCAGUCGAUAUAUAAAGUACCUAGGAUUGCAGUUCAGUGAAAACAACAGGUCUUUAACUGGAGCCAGAGUUUAUACCUACUGUUUAGAGAAGUCUCGUCUUGUCUCUCGACCACCUGACCAGUACAAUUUUAAUAUUUUUUACUUGAUGAUUGAUGGCCUGUCAACUGAGGAGAAGUGUGCUUUGUACCUCAGCAAUCUUUCUACACACAGGUAUGUGAUCCAGGAGGCACAGGAGGAGGUGACAGCAACUGAGACAGUUCGAAACAGGGACAAGUUUAUUGCACUAAAGCAAGCUUUAAGAAACUUGGGUUUCAACAGUCUGGAAAUUGACAACCUGUUUCUCAUUCUGUCUGCAAUCUUGCUUCUUGGGGAUGUCCAGUUUUUGGCUCUAACAGAUACUGAGACAGCAUACGUGUCAGAUGUGCAAUUAUUGGAGCAAGUGGCUGGUAUUCUACAAGUCUCACCUGAUGACCUCAGUUCAGCUUUAACAUCUGAUGUCCAGUAUUUUAAAGGGGAUGUGAUUUUGAGGAGACACACAGUAGAUGUGGCAAAUUUUUAUCGGGAUCUUCUGGCAAAGUCACUUUAUAGCCGUCUUUUUAGCUUCUUGGUGAACAGUAUUAAUUAUUAUCUCCAGAGCCAGGAUGAUAGGGAGGGCAACUCGAUGCUUGAAAUUGGGAUAUUGGACAUCUUUGGUUUUGAAGAAUUCCAGAAGAAUGCUUAUGAACAGCUUUGUAUCAACAUGACUAAUGAAAAGAUCCAUCAGUACAUACACGAGACACUGUUUCAACAGCAGCAGGUGGAAUGUGUACCAGGAGGUGUCACCAUGGAAACUGUCAAUUCUCCCAGCAACCACAACUCUGUUCUGGACUUCUUUUUUCAGAAACCUACUGGCUUAUUGUCAAUGUUAGAUGAAGAAAGCCAGACACUUCGAGCAAUGGAACAAAACCUCAGCAAACGGCUGCAUUCCCAUUUGGAAACAGCUCACACAAAUAUUGUUUACAUGUCUACAAAGGAUGGAAAUGGAAACAUUUCAUCAAAGGAUCAAGGCUCAGCCUUCACUAUCAUGCAUUACGCAGGCAGGGUGACUUAUGGUCUGGCAGCAUCGACGGAGAAGAACAAAGUUGACCUUGCAAGAAACAUUUUAAGACGUCUUCCAACCAGUGAAAAUGUCGUUAUUCACCAAUUCUUUCAGGCAAAAUUGACCCAGACUGGUUCUCUUAUUCCUCUACAUCAUUGCCUGAGCCUUAGAGGGUCCAAAGCAGUGAUGCUGUCUCAGAAUAUGUGUUCUACUUCUCGAACCAAAGGACCAAAGAAGUUUCUGGACAUCAACAGCAAGUUCCUGAAAAAGAGGAGAGCAGCAACAUUCCUCCAACGUCUGGAGCGUGGUGGGCCCAUAACCCUGGCUGCUCAGAUCAGGAGUUCAAUUAAUGAUAUCAUGGGAAAGCUCCAGAAUUCAACUCCUCACUUUGUACAUUGCAUCAAACCCAACACGUCCAGGCAAGCAGACACAUUUGACAACUUCUAUGUAUCAGCUCAACUGCAGUACAUUGGUGUAUUGGAGAUGGUGAAGAUGAUCCGCCAUGGAUACCCUGUGCGGCUAUCUUUCAGUGACUUUCUUGCAAGAUACAGAAUUCUGGCUGACAUAGUACUGGGGGACAGGAAGAAGCUUUCUGCAGAAGAGAAGUGUUGCCUCAUCCUCCAGCAAUGCAAAUUACAGGGCUGGCAGAUGAGCCAGAGUGAAGUGUUUAUGAAGCACUGGCAAACAGAUCACCUCAAUGAGCAAUGUCUUCAUUUGCAGAAGAAAAUUAUCAUCUGUCAGAAAGUUGUCAGAGAAUUCCUAGCCCGCCAACGGCUGCUGCAAAAGAUGAACAUCAAACAGCAAGAGGUCAACUCCAUUGAAAGCUUUUUGCAGUCUGCAGAAGAUAUGGGACUGAAAGCAUAUGAUUCCUUGGUCAUUCAAAAUGCAUCUGACAUUGCACGGGAAAAUGACCGGAUUAGGAAUGAAUUUAACGCAGUUUACCUGAGGGAAAAGUUAGAGGCACGACACAGAGACGAGCAGGCCACAAAACGAUCUGGCAACGGGAGUGGAAAGGUCAAUGAAGACAGUCAUUCGGGCUGCCGAACAGCGAAACAUUUUCACUCUAGUUCGGUGCCGGCACCUACCUUUGUCGAUGGGUUGGCACAUUCUGUGAUUGGAUCAUCCAUCAGAUCACCCUCCCUUCACUCAGUAUUCAGUAUGGAUGAUAGCAAUGGCCUGCAGUCACCACGGAAACAACCUCCUCCUAAACCAAAGCGGGACCCCAAUACGCGACUGAGUGCUUCAUAUGAGGCUGUGACUGCAUGUAUUUCGGCGGCUUCUAAAGAAGCAGCAAAUGAAGUUCUGACUAAACCAAGGCCUCACAGCGAUGAUUACAGCACAAUGAAAAAGAUUCCCCCACCAAAGCCCAAAAGGAGCCCCAACACCAGACUGACGGGUUCAUAUGAAGAAAUCUACAUAAGAAAACCAUCUGUAUCUAAAUUCACAAGCACAAUGGCUAAAGCAGCUCACAGCACUGGAACUAUUCAACGAGCUGCAUCUGCUGACGGGCCCCACUAUGGUAUGUUAAGUCUCCACCUGUCACAAGAAGAGGAUGUGGAACCUGUUUAUAUAGAAAUGGGAGGGACUGGUGGAGCAGGCGGAAAUUAUCUGACAGAGGUGGACAGUCCCGAUCAAGGAGAAUCUGUUUAUGAAGAGAUGAAAUAUUGUUUGCUAGAAGGUGAUUCAGGCGAUUCUAUCUUUGCAAAGCAGGCAGUGUGUCCUCCCCCUCAUGCAGAAAUGAAAACCCAGACUUUGCUUGAGGAUUUCAGGACAGGCAGUCCUACCAUGACAGGCUGCCAGGAAUUAGUAUGCGACAUUCCACCGCCAUUUCCAAACCUCCUCCCCCAUCGACCCCCUCUGCUGGUAUUUCCUCCAACACCAGCACAGUGUUCCCCUGCUUCUGAUGAAUCACCGCUUACUCCCCUUGAGGUCAAAAGGUUGCCAGUUCUAGAAACAAAUUUAAAUUACUCUGUGCAAUCGGAUGGCAUAUCCCCUGCCUCUCAACAAUACACAAACCAUCAAAAAGGAGAAAGUGAGCCACCAGCAUCUCCUGGACUGGGUGUGUUCAGUAUAUCAGGAAAGAUGUCUCCUCCCUCAACACCUCCUCCUCUUCCAUUAAUUCCUACUCCACCCUACAGGCAAACUUCACAUUUUAUUUUCCCACCAGACACUUCCACCUCUUGUUUUGCCAAUGCAGGAAAACUAGUUAUGAGCACAGAUGUUCCCAAAGUACCUCAGAAACCUAAUCCUUUACAAGGAGGAACUUCUACAAACUCUACAAGAUUGCCUUGUUCACCAGUAAAAACCUGCAGGACAGAAUCUGGGAAGAACCUUUCCUCCUCGGCAGGGAAUGCAUCACUAUUUCCUUACUCUUCCACUAUUGCUAGGCCAAUUACCAGCCCACUUGAUGAGCUGAACAGUCUUUUCAGCUCAGGUCGAAGUCUUCUGCGAAAAUCAGCAGCGGGAAGGAAGAUACGGGAGCAAGCAAGCACAAAUAAUGAAGGGAACCUGAGUCUGUCUAACAGAGAAGAGAACUGUGGAAUAGGAAAUCUAUCAGAGACACAGGAUAGAAAUGCCAAUAACCCCUUGACCAGCUUGUCUCCUGGGGUAACUGCAGCUCCAGCAGUGGAGAAUGGGAAUCAACUUUUGAAUGGUAAUUUGUAUUUCACUUAUCAGUGA